GGCACCGCCCCCACCCCGCCCCCGAAGCUAACCGGCGGGCGGGCUCGAGUGGAAAAGGCACAGGACUGCAGGCUCCUACUCCUUCUCCUGCUGCCAUGGGGCCCUCCACUCCUCUCCUCAUCUUGUUCCUUUUGUCGUGGCUGCGACCCCUUCAGGGACAGCAGCACCACCUUGUGGAGUACAUGGAACGCCGGCUGGCUGCCUUAGAGGAACGGCUGGCCCAGUGCCAGGACCAGAGCAGCCGGCAUGCCACCGAGCUGAGGGACUUCAAGAACAAGAUGCUGCCGCUGCUGGAAGUGGCCGAGAAGGAGCGGGAGGCGCUCAGGACUGAGGCCGACACCAUCUUGGGGAGAGUAGACCGUCUAGAGCGGGAGGUGGACUAUCUGGAGACCCAGAACCCAGCACUACCCUGCGUGGAGGUUGAUGAGAAAGUGACGGGAGGCCCUGGGAUCAAAGGCAAGGGCAGAAGAAACGAAAAGUACGAUAUGCUGACAGACUGUGGCUACACAAUCUCUCAGGUGAGGUCAGUAAAGAUCCUGAAGCGGUUCGGUGGCCCAGCAGGUCUCUGGACCAAGGAUCCAAUGGGGCCAGCAGAGAAGAUCUACGUGUUAGAUGGGACACAGAAUGACACAGCCUUCGUCUUCCCGAGGCUGCGGGACUUCACCCUCGCCAUGGCUGCCCGGAAGGCUUCGCGGGUCCGGGUGCCCUUCCCCUGGGUCGGCACGGGGCAGCUGGUCUACGGCGGCUUUCUUUACUAUGCCCGGAGGCCUCCCGGAGGGCCCGGAGGCGGGGGCGACUUGGAGAACACUCUGCAGCUGAUCAAGUUCCACCUGGCAAACCGCACGGUGGUGGACAGCUCCGUAUUCCCUGCCGAGGGUUUGAUCCCCCCGUACGGGCUGACGGCGGACACGUACAUUGACCUGGCAGCCGACGAGGAGGGCCUCUGGGCUGUCUAUGCCACUCAGGAAGAUGACAGGCACUUGUGCCUGGCCAAGCUAGACCCACAGACCCUGGACACAGAGCAGCAGUGGGACACCCCGUGCCCCAGGGAGAACGCCGAGGCUGCCUUUGUCAUCUGUGGGACCCUAUACGUGGUCUACAACACACGCCCCGCCAGUCGGGCCCGCAUCCAGUGCUCCUUUGACGCCAGCGGCACGCUGACCCCUGAGAGGGCGGCGCUCCCUUACUUCCCCCGCCGAUACGGGGCCCACGCCAGUCUCCGCUAUAACCCUCGAGAGCGCCAGCUCUACGCCUGGGAUGAUGGCUACCAGAUUGUCUAUAAGCUGGAGAUGAGAAAGAAAGAGGAAGAAGUCUGAGGAUCUCGCUCUGGGGUUCGAACCUCUCUCACCUCUGAACAUUUAUAUCCCCACAACAUUCUCUGCUUCUCAUUCUCCAGAUGUGGGCAAGCUGGGGUUCAGAGCCCAUAUGUGCAGCCAAUGGAAGCCAGAUUCUCGCAGCCCCUUCGUUUCCGGUGGGACUUUAGAGCUUGAGAACUCCUUUUAGAGCUAAAAGAGAGAAGACCCCAAGUGCUCACUCCUCUCCUGCCUUAUGUCCGUGGAUUUCAGGCCCAAGGCCGCAAAGACCCAGAGCUCUGACUUUUGUACCAGGGGCCACCCCAGCAAAUGAGCAAAAAAGUGUGAGUCUGGGAGGGCGGGGGCGGGGAGAGGGGGGAGGUGGUUCGGGGUAGAGUUCUAGGAAGAGGCUUUUCCGACUCGGCCCUGCCUCCCUUCUCUCUGUAGAGCCCUGGAGAAUGGGACUUUGUCUACGUCGUGUGUAUUGCAACCUUUUGCAUUAAAAAGAAACUCCACUGCUC